AAACAAAAAUUGUACACAUGUCGUGAAUAACCCAAAGUUCAAGCCAGUAUUAUUAAUUCCAUUUUCUCUGUCUCAUCAUCAAUCAUGCCAUAACUGAAGUUGAACUCUUUAUUUCCAAAGGAUACAAAAGCAAAUAGAAUCAUCAUUCAUGGUCAUCCAGUGUGUGCUACUCAUUAUUAUUUAUUUAUUUAUUUAUUUGAUUUUGCAGAUUAAAGAAUGAAAAGUUAAGAAACUAUAUAGACACAUAUUAUUGGUUCUUCUUUUUUUUAUUAUUAUUGAAAGUCAUAUUCCAAAUGCGCAUUUAUUUCAAAAAAAUAAAUAAAUAAACUAAUACCAUUGAAAUUCCCAAAUUGCAUUAAAAUAUACAAUAAAAAAUUGUCAUUUUCCAUUCCUCGUAUGGAUAGUAGACGCGUGUAGAAUGUGUAUAUAAAUAUAGGAAAUGGAAUAGAUCAAAGUCACACCCAUUCUCUCCAAAAACAACUCCAAUUUCUUCUUCUUUAAUUUUGUUCCGAUCAUGGUUCUCUCUAGGGCUGUUUCUCAGUCUGAUGUCUCCGUCCACUCUACCUUCGCUUCUCGCUAUGUUCGAACCUCUCUUCCAAGGUUCACAAUGCCUGAUAACUCGAUCCCGAAGGAGGCAGCGUACCAGAUCAUAAACGACGAGCUUAUGUUGGAUGGAAAUCCUAGGCUGAAUUUGGCUUCGUUUGUGACGACGUGGAUGGAGCCUGAGUGUGAUAAGCUUAUUAUGUCUUCCAUUAACAAGAACUACGUUGACAUGGACGAGUACCCCGUCACCACUGAGCUCCAGAACCGGUGUGUGAACAUGAUAGCUCAUCUUUUCAACGCGCCAUUAGGGGAAUCAGAGGCUGCAGUGGGAGUGGGAACUGUGGGGUCCUCGGAGGCCAUCAUGUUGGCUGGUUUGGCUUUCAAAAGAAAGUGGCAAAACAGACGCAGGGCCCAAGGUUUGCCCGUUGAUAAGCCCAAUAUUGUUACUGGAGCCAAUGUCCAGGUGUGUUGGGAGAAAUUUGCAAGGUACUUUGAGGUGGAGUUGAAGGAGGUAAAGUUAAGAGAAGGAUACUAUGUGAUGGACCCUGAGAAAGCCGUUGAGCUAGUUGACGAGAACACCAUCUGCGUUGCUGCUAUUUUGGGUUCCACUCUUAAUGGUGAAUUUGAAGAUGUCAAACUACUAAAUGAUCUUCUCGUGAAAAAGAAUGAAGAAACUGGAUGGGAUACUCCCAUUCACGUGGACGCAGCAAGUGGUGGCUUCAUAGCACCAUUUCUAUAUCCGGAACUGGAAUGGGACUUCCGGCUCCCAUUGGUGAAGAGCAUCAACGUUAGUGGGCACAAAUACGGCUUGGUAUAUGCAGGAAUUGGUUGGGUAGUCUGGAGAAGCAAAGAUGACUUACCUGAUGAACUCAUCUUCCACAUCAACUAUCUUGGGGCGGAUCAACCCACUUUCACACUCAACUUCUCAAAAGGUUCCAGCCAAGUCAUUGCUCAGUACUACCAACUAAUAAGGUUGGGUUACGAGGGGUACAGGAAUGUGAUGGAGAAUUGUACGGAGAACAUGAUGGUACUGAAAGAAGGUUUGGAAAAAACAGGUCGGUUCAACAUAAUCUCUAAAGACCAAGGAGUACCAUUGGUGGCCUUCUCAUUGAAAGAUAACCAUGCACACAACGAGUUUGAGGUUUCGGACAUGCUGAGGCGAUUCGGGUGGAUUGUCCCGGCCUACACCAUGCCUCCUGAUGCCCAGCACAUCACUGUGCUGCGCGUUGUGAUAAGAGAGGACUUCUCCCGCACCUUGGCCGAGCGUCUGGUGAACGAUAUCCAGAAAGUUCUUAACGAGCUUGAUGCUCUUCCAUCGAAGCUUCUCACUGCCAAGAUGGCUGUUACUCAGGAUGACAAUGACCUUGUUCCUCCUGGUAGCCCUGUCAUUGCUAAGAAGAGUGCCUUGGAGAUGCAAAGGGAGAUCACUACCAUUUGGAAGAAGUUCGUCUUGGACAGGAAGAAGACCAAUGGUGUUUGUUGAAAUCAAUUAACACCCCCACACUAUCCACCACUACUACGUCUAAGUCACUAUCUUGUUAUUUAUCGGCUUAAUUAAUUAACAGUUUUUGAUUUUGUUACUUUUAUGGAGUACUUUUCAACAAUGUAGUAAUGAUUUCUUAUGUUAUUAUUUUUUCUUGUGAUCGAAUUAUAUAUAUCGAUAUUUGUGUUCACGAGGCCUUUAUUUAUAUGUAAUUGGAUCAUUAUUGAUAAUACGAAUGUGCUUUCAUUUGUAA